GCGAAACAACAACAACAACAACAGAAGACGCAAGACUGCAAAUAUAAAAGCUCGCAAAACAGAUAAAAGGAGAGCGGAAAAUGAAAAACAAAAUUUCUAUUAAAAGCAAAGACAAGAACCAAGAAAAAUGUACAAAUGUUCUAGGCUAUCUCGUAAUCACCAUCCAUUCAUAUAACAUGUGUGAAACCCCCGCAUUACUUAGGCCCGAGUCAAAUUUAAGUAUAAAUAUAAAUACACAUCCACACAUCCACACACCCACACACCCAUCACCUCGCCUGGCCCGAACCAAGAAAGAGAAGAAAAGAAGAAGGGAAGAAGAAAAAUCCAAAUCAAAGCAAUCUCCAAUCCCAGACGAUCCAAAUUCCUCCCUCUCCCCUCUCCAUGAAAUCCUCCAGAAAGAACAAGAAGAAGAAGAAGAAGAAGAAGAAGAAGAAGAAGAAAGCAUAAAUACAAUACAAUGCAAGGAACAAACGCAGAUAUGUAAGGAUCACCAGUGGAUCAGGGAUACUCUUCAUCUCAGAUUCUCGGAUUCUCAGCCCUUUGGUAGAAAAUAGGUAAUGGGUAUAUACCAUGCAUGCAUGUGAAGAUCUACGACCUAGUCGUAAAGAGGAUAUGAGAUAUGGGAUAUGUAGCUCGAAUUGCAUCAUAUCAUAUCGAUCCUCUAUCGAACUCAUAGGAACAAAAAACAGCCCAGCAGACAGACAGACAGACAGACAGACAGACAGAACAGAUCGAUACUUCUCAAUCAACAAACUCG